UAAACCCCAGUCCUGUUCCAGCAGUCAUUCCAUGAAUACAUACUCAAAAUCUACAAAGGGUUAUAAUCAUUUCAAACUAAGGCCACGUUUUACACAAAAUUCACUUCAUUUCCAGCCAUGACCUCGCCUAAAGUGCAACAUUUCAUUUAUUUUGUUCGCCAUGCUGAAUGCGGUGGAAAUACUGACGAAAAAUUUCCCAAGGAGACUGAUGGAUUGACGGAGACUGGAAGGGAUCAAGCGAAACUUUUAGCCGAUGUUCUUCCCGAUUUUACCCACGUUUACGCUAGCAGCUACCAGAGAGCUGUCGAAACCGCGGAGAGAAUCUUGACCGUGCAUAAAGGUCGAGGCAGCUGCACUCCGGGGCUGAAGGUCAAGGUCGAGGCGCGCCUUAAAGAACGCGACUGUGGGGACCUGACCGCGUUCCGUUGGGACAGUACAAUUUGGCAAGAAAAGUUUAAAGAGUUGGCAACUGGAAAGAAAUUUUAUCAGUUAGAAUUUCCUGGAAGUAGCGAAACUUCAGCAGAUUUCCAAGCCAAGCAGAAGAACUUUAUUAAGGAAAUGAUUGACACCCUUCGAAAAGAUUCGGUGGCGAAAAAAUCGUCCUCAAUUCUACUCGUCAGCCACGCCAUGUACUUGAAGUGUAUCAUGGAUUCAAUGAUGGAUGGAAAAUUCUCCGACUUUUUGACAUUGUCUCAUCCACCGAUAACCGACUUUCCAUGGGCGACGAAAAACACAACCUGCACGAAGGUGGGGGUUGAAUUCAAUUUGCAAGAUGGUAAAAAGGCAGUGGUGACAGUGCUUGAAACAAAUUCAACGAAACAUUUAGACAUUGAGAAAUAAAUUUGAAAAUAUUUUCAAAAUUUUGGACCAGUAUUUGCAAAUUUUAAUAUAACUCGUAAUUAAAGUAAAUGAAUAACUAGAAUGAA